UUAAUCGGAAGACGGCAAGUCAGGAGGAGAAGCUUGUUUCCCGGAGAAAUAUAAACACAGACGUAAAGAAAUGGCUCGUACCAAGCAGACCGCUCGUAAAUCCACUGGAGGAAAAGCACCCAGGAAGCAGCUGGCGACUAAAGCAGCCAGGAAAAGUGCGCCAUCUACUGGUGGAGUGAAGAAGCCCCAUAGAUACAGGCCUGGAACUGUUGCUCUUCGUGAGAUCCGUCGGUACCAGAAGUCCACCGAGCUGCUCAUCAGGAAGCUGCCUUUUCAGCGCCUUGUGAGGGAAAUCGCUCAGGAUUUCAAGACUGAUCUGCGUUUUCAGAGUGCAGCUAUUGGUGCUCUCCAGGAAGCCAGUGAGGCCUACCUGGUCGGACUGUUCGAGGACACCAACUUGUGUGCCAUUCACGCAAAGAGGGUUACCAUCAUGCCCAAGGACAUCCAGCUGGCCAGGCGAAUUAGAGGAGAACGUGCAUAGUUUCUCAGUUUUUUUUUUUAAUUUUUAUUUUAUUUUUUUUUAAUGGGAUGGGUGGGUUGUCCAGUGAGGGUGGGAUUUUUUUUUUUUUUUUGGUAAAUCUUAAAAAUACCAGCAUGUGUGCCCAUGUGAUUUGUAGAACAAAGCAUGUUUUUGUACUCAUUUCUUUCACUUUUCUCAUAUUCCUGUAGAAGCAUUAAGUCUUUCUUUCUUCUCAGGUUUGCAAAUAUUAGUACCUGCAAACCUGUGUUUGCAUGCUAUAGGAUGUCCUGUGCUGUAAAUAAACUUUCUGCUACCUCAAAAA